CUCAGGUAGAGCUUAUGUUCCCUUCGUUUUGAGUGUUUUCGUUUGUAUCAGAUCGUUUUCCGUGAAUUGUUAAGUGGAAAAGGUAGCUUCAGUAUGUCGAAGGCUCCUCCAGGUUCAUACCCAAAGCAGGGUGUAGGAUACCCAAGUCAGCAUCCAGCAUACCCAACCCAACCUCAGCCCAUGCAGUAUCCACUGCAGGGGCAGUUUGCAAGUGCUGCUGCAGGUGGACAAAUGUAUGGUGUCCCACCUCCUCCAUACAGCGAAAUGCCAAUAUCAGGACAUGCCCCCCAACAAGCUCCUAGUGGAAUGUACAAUCCUCAACUGCAGAUGCAGCAGUAUCCUGGUAUGACUGCUGGAGGACACUAUCCCAGGCAACAGUAUCCUGUGGGACAAUACCCUGCACAGGGUCCCCCACAACAACUGGUCCAUGGUGCCUUUGACCCAGGUGCAAGGUUUGGACCUGGAUCAUCAGUGAAUAUUCCACCCCCUCCACCAGGAUAUGCUCCCAAUACAGCUCAGGCAUUGGCUUCUCAAGGUCAGCCUGUGAAUGUUCAACAACGACAAGCUGGGUGGUUCAGUGGAGGAACAGGCGGGGGAUAUACCUUUUGGUAAACCUCUGUCAUUCAGCUGUCUGUACUGUACUCUGCUGUUAAUUAGUGAAAAUCAUUAGAAUUUAACUCAUGCUAACACAAUAAGUUUCACUGAAGUCAAUGUUGUCUUAAUGAAGAAAUCUCUGUAUACCUUGACAAAUUUGUUACCCAGUUCUGCUGAGUUCAUUUCCCAUUCUUGCUCUUGAGCAUUACCUAUUGAAAGAACUGGAAUUAAUGGUCAGCUAAAAAUUCCAUAGUUGAGGGCAUUCAAAACCAACUACAACAGUAAAUGUUGAAGAUUUUUUAAAAAUUAGGAAAAAUGGCUGACCUCUGAAAUAUUGGCUGUUAAGUUCCAUCAUGGAAUUUUACUUGCGUCAUGAUAUUUUUGGUUCCUUCUGUUUGGUUUUGUUGCAGUUUAUUUACUUAUCGUUUACAAGCACCAUUGAAUUUGAAAAACUACUGCAGUAGUCUUUCAGUGAUGUACGCUAGUAGUUUUAAAGCCUUAGUGGUUGAUCAGUUUAAUCGACUGGCUGAGCUAUUGAAAUUUUGACGAAAUGUCAAGAUUCUUGAUAUUUCAUUUCAAAGAUCUACCUCUGUUUCUGGCGCUCGGUUCUGUUUGUAGUCUAAACUGUUCAUUUUCCUGCUGAUAAUGGCUUCAAGUAUAUCUACACUUUAGUGACAUGUAAGUAGUGCAAACGCAGCAAAAUAAAGAGUCAUGUGACAUCUUG